UCGGGCUCGGAGGCACUCGAAGCGGCUCGGCUGCUCGUCUGGGCUCGGCUGAGUGGCUCGGUUCGGUUGCUCGGCGGGGCUCGGCUGCACGGCCGCGGACGGGCGUGCGCUGGGGGGCGCGGGGCGCGGGGCGCGGGCCUCGGAGGUGGCGGCGGAAGCCUGGUGCCCCCGCCCGCCGGGUCUUCUCAGAGAGGCAGAGAAGCAUCCCCGCGGCCCGGCCUCGUACGGGUGCGGCGGGCGCGGCGUGGGGGGCGGCGGGGGCGCGGAGCAGCGCGGCCCGCCCGGGGGCGCCGCGGGCCGGGUCAGCGCGGACGGCGCUCGGCGGACUCGGACGCACGGCUGGCCGGCCCCUCCCUGCCCGCGCGCCCGGGCGCCCACUCGCCGGCGCGGGGCCCGGGAGCGAUGACAUCGACGGGGAAGGACGGCGGCGGGGCGCAGCACGCGCAGUAUGUGGGGCCCUACCGGCUGGAGAAGACGCUGGGCAAGGGGCAGACAGGCUUGGUGAAGCUGGGAAUCCACUGUGUCACUUGCCAGAAGGUCGCCAUCAAAAUCGUCAAUCGUGAGAAGCUCAGUGAGUCGGUGCUGAUGAAGGUGGAGCGAGAGAUUGCCAUCUUGAAGCUCAUCGAGCAUCCACAUGUACUGAAGCUGCAUGACGUCUAUGAAAACAAAAAAUAUUUAUAUCUGGUGCUAGAACAUGUGUCUGGGGGAGAGCUGUUCGACUACCUGGUGAAGAAGGGCCGGCUGACCCCCAAGGAGGCCCGCAAGUUCUUCCGGCAGAUUAUCUCUGCACUGGACUUCUGUCACAGCCACUCCAUAUGCCAUAGAGACUUGAAGCCAGAGAACCUGCUGCUAGACGAGAGGAACAACAUCCGUAUUGCAGACUUUGGCAUGGCAUCCUUGCAGGUGGGAGACAGCCUGCUGGAGACCAGCUGCGGAUCUCCACACUAUGCCUGUCCGGAAGUGAUUCGGGGCGAGAAGUAUGAUGGCCGCAAGGCAGAUGUGUGGAGCUGUGGUGUGAUCCUGUUCGCCCUGCUGGUGGGGGCUCUGCCUUUUGAUGAUGACAACCUGCGGCAGUUGCUGGAGAAGGUCAAGCGUGGUGUGUUCCACAUGCCACACUUUAUCCCACCAGACUGCCAGAGUCUCCUGCGUGGCAUGAUUGAGGUGGACGCAGCUCGGCGCCUCACGCUAGAGCACAUUCAGAAACACAUAUGGUAUAUAGGUGGCAAGAAUGAGCCAGAGCCAGAACAGCCCAUCCCACGCAAGGUGCAGAUCCGCUCACUGCCCAGCCUGGAAGAUAUUGACCCUGAUGUGUUGGACAGCAUGCACUCGCUGGGCUGCUUCCGAGACCGCAACAAGCUGCUGCAGGACCUGCUAUCUGAGGAGGAGAAUCAGGAAAAGAUGAUUUAUUUCCUCCUCCUGGAUCGGAAAGAACGGUAUCCCAGCCAUGAGGAUGAGGACCUGCCCCCCAGGAAUGAGAUAGACCCUCCCAGGAAGCGCGUGGAUUCCCCAAUGCUGAACCGGCAUGGCAAGCGGCGACCUGAGCGCAAGUCCAUGGAAGUGCUCAGUGUGACAGAUGGUGGAUCCCCAGUGCCUGCACGGAGAGCCAUUGAGAUGGCCCAGCAUGGCCAGAGUAAAGCAGUGUUCAGUAAAAGCCUGGAUAUCGCUGAAGCCCAUCCCCAAUUCAGCAAAGAAGACAGAUCUCGAUCCAUCAGUGGUGCCUCCUCAGGCCUUUCUACAAGUCCACUCAGCAGUCCUCGGCCUGUUAGGAAGUUUGUCCUGCCCCCUCUGCCCCCUGAGCUCCCCUAUGUGGCUUGCCCCCUGGCCACCUCCUCGGAGCCUGAAGCUUGUCGGAGCACCUCUCGGCCAGGACACAUCCUCUCUCCACAGGCCGCCCUGCGGCCCAACCCCAAGACUCAGACCUUGCCGUGCAAGGCCAAGCUGACAGACAAGCCGCUGCAGGCCACCAAGUCCAACCCGCUCCCAGCCUGCACCCAGACCCAGCCUCCUGGAGCCAGCCUUGGCACUCCACUGGCCCUAUCCCCUGGGCCACCCACCCUGCCGGCCCCUGCCCGGCUCCUGCCAACUGGGACUGAACCAAACACCAAAUCUGUCCCCACCAUACAGGUGACCCCUCACCCCUCACCAAGGGGCAGUCCCCUUCCUACCCCCAAAGGGACGCCUGUCCACACGCCAAAGGAGAGCCCAGCUGGCACACCCAACCCCACACCACCAUCCAGCCCUAGUGUUGGAGGAGUGCCCUGGCGGACACGACUCAACUCCAUCAAGAACAGCUUCCUGGGCUCACCUCGCUUCCACCGCCGGAAACUGCAAGUUCCCACGCCAGAGGAGAUGUCCAACCUGACCCCAGAAUCCUCUCCAGAGCUGGCCAAGAAAUCGUGGUUUGGGAACUUCAUCAACCUGGAGAAGGAGGAGCAGAUCUUUGUGGUGAUCAAGGACAAGCCCCUGAGCUCCAUCAAGGCUGACAUCGUUCAUGCCUUCCUGUCGAUCCCCAGCCUCAGCCACAGCGUUAUUUCCCAGACAAGCUUCAGGGCUGAAUACAAGGCCACAGGGGGUCCAGCAGUGUUCCAGAAGCCGGUCAAGUUCCAGGUGGACAUCACCUACACUGAGGGUGGAGAGGCCCAGAAGGAGAAUGGCAUCUACUCAGUCACAUUCACUUUACUCUCAGGCCCCAGUCGCCGCUUCAAGAGGGUGGUGGAGACCAUCCAGGCCCAGCUGUUGAGCACCCAUGACCAGCCAUCAGCCCAGCACCUGUCAGACACCACUAACUGUAUGGAAGUGAUGACGGGGCGGCUUUCCAAAUGUGACGAGAAGAACGGGCAGGCGGCCCAGGCCCCCAGCACACCCGCCAAGCGGAGUGCCCACGGCCCCCUGGGUGACUCCGCGGCCGCUGGCCCUGGAGGGGACACCGAGUACCCGAUGGGCAAGGACAUGGCCAAGAUGGGGCCGCCCGCCGCCCGCCGUGAGCAGCCUUAGACACUAUUCCCUCCCCAGCACAGCACAGCACAGCACAACACAGCACUGACUGUGGCCUUCUGCCGCCCUGUGUGGACCAGGCCCCACCUGCCUGCCCAGACCUUGUCUCAAGCCUGGGAGGAAAGGAGAGUGGCCAGGGCGCAGCCCGCAGGCUGGGCUGCUGGGCUUGCUCUCUUUUCUCUCUUGCGGUCUCUGUCUCUGCCUGUCUCUGACAGCAUCGCUUGUUUCCGCUCUGAUACCAGGAAUUAUCCCGAAAAGUUAACAUGUCACCUCCACGAGGCCAUCCUCUGUGCUGCGUGUGGACACUGGCUGACCGAAGGCAGCUGCUGCGGACCACACUCCUCCUCUUCCUGCUGCUGCUGCUGCUGGGCAGAGAGGCUAGCCCACUGUCCACCACCUCUGCCUGUUCCCUGGCAGCUCCGCAUGGCCCAAGGGAGGAGGGCCUGCCGCCCAGGGGAUUCCUCUUCUAGCCCAGCCACCCUGGAUUCCCAGUUACCAGAUCUCAGCAGGGACAACCUGUCCACCAUCUUCCAGGGUAGGGGACCAUGGUGGGUGAAGCAGUGGGAAUGGAUUGUCCUCCACACCGCAUUUGGAGGCCUCCUGGGCCACUCACCUCGCCUUUUCCACACGUUGGCCUCACCAGGGCCACCUCUUCUCAUCUGCAUCCAUUGCUCCACCUUGCCAGGCUGCAGAGCUCCAGCUGUGAUGGUUCUCAUGGGCUGAAGUGGAGAUAAAAGACCUGGGUGCUCCAGAGCUGCCAGGGAGCUGGGCUGAGACCAGUAUUAUUUAUUUGCUGUUUUAAUUUAUUGAGUUUCUUUAUGUCUCUGUUCUCUGUUCAGGGAAGGGGGAGUAGCAGCAGCACCCUCCUGCCGUCUGUCUGUUUGUUCUGUCUGUCUGACUUGGGCAGGGUGGGUCCAGAGCCCAGGUUCCCUCUAAGGACAGAGCCGUUGUGGGGCUGGGGACAGUGGGGAGCCAGCCAGUGGAUGCAGCACUGGCAAGCUACUGUAAACUUUAAAAGAAUUCCUGCAAGAUAUUUUUAUAAACUUUCUUUUCUUGGUUGUUUUUGGAAAAGGGUGUGGGGUGGGGCCGCUGGGGCAGAGCUAGAGUUUGUGUUUCGGCUCCUUGCUCUUGGCUAUUUCUAUACACAUAUACAUAUAUAUAUAUAUAUAUAUUUAAAGAACGAUGUGGUUAGCUCUGUCCCGGGUUGUUUUAUUACUACUUAGCAGCAGCUCCAGUUCCACACGAGGGCUCAGGGUACAGGGCGUCAGCCUGCACUGGUCAGCUGUGCCUGCUGCCCAGAAGCACUGCCCAGUACUUCUCUGCUGCAUCAGGCUGAGGGUGAUCUUGGUUUGGUGUCUGACUGAGAAGGGGUAGAAGGCCCUGAGCUGGCACCCUACUCACACACAGGAUGGCAGCAGUACCUCGGUUUGUUUGUUUUUUUUUUUUUUAAAUUAAAAUAAAAAAGUUUAAAAAAAAAAUCAAAGCCAGAAAUGGAGUUAGCAGAGUGCUCUGCAGUGGGUUCCUCUUGGAGGUGGCGAGGGCAAGGGGCCCACACCACUGCCUGCUGCCCACCAAAGCCCACAUCACUUCCCUCAUCUCCAGCUUUUGUCUGUGUUCCGUUCUGUCUGGCUGAGCCAGUCCCUCCCAGCUGGCCCAAGGUGCCUGGCGUAGCAGCAGGAGGGGCUGGGGGCAGGUUUCAUGCAUGCCUUUGCUCUUCCCCUCAUGUACAGAUUUUAAUGCUUCUAUUACAUUCAACCACCACAGGCUGGGAUUUCUAUACAUAGAACAAAAUCAAACACCUGUAACAACAGCAAAGCCACGCAGUACAAGUGGGAAGGGGCAUAUCUACGGUGUCAGGAUACUGAAAGCAAUACCUCUCGUUAGCCUUCCUCUUUUGUACUUUGGACACAUGCGGAUUCGCAGACAUCUCAAAAAUGGACAAGCCCCAUCUGGUGUAACCCCUGUCAAAUAACUGUGAGCAACUUCAGUUCUGGAACAAUAAAUUCCUUCCAUAAAGACA